UUUCUUUGGACCUGAAUUUUCUUCUUCCCCUUCCCUUCUUCUUCCUCUUCUUUUCUCUGAAAACCCUAAUUACACCUUUUUCUUUGUAUAAUUCCCUCCUCUACAGUACCAGAGAUCAGCGAAAGUAAAUGUCAACUCAGUUUCUUGUCCUCGUGGAGAAACAUUAGCGAUUUAUGUUUAAAGCUAGAAUUUGGAAGGGGAAGAAUGGAGGCUAACAUCUGUGACGUCAAUCACCUCGAUUCCGAUGUCCUUUUACCUCCAAGAAAGCGUCUUCUUGCUGGAUUGAGAAAGAAAGGGGCCGAUGGUGAUGGUACUUUUAAUGUGCCACCAGUUGCCUCCACCUCUUGUUCUCCCCCUCCCUCUCCUUCCUAUGGCUUCACAUCUAUUGAAUUCAAUAUACGGCUCAACAAUCUGUUGAGUGCUCAUUCAAAUACUAACCUAUCGCCCGAGGAGAUAGUGGAGGCCUCAAGAUCAGCGGCAGCUGCAGCUGUGAAGGCUGCAGAGGCUGCCAGGACAGCAGCUGAAGAGAAGGCUGCGAUUGCAGCGAAGGCUGUUGCAGCUGCAAAGAGUGCCAUGGACUUGGUUGCCUCGAUUUCUGAAGAAGCAGCCUAUAAAGAAAUAAAACAGAGAAAGAACAAGCUGAAGAAACAUGUCCCAGUUCAGUUUCUGUAUACAAAAUAUCAACCUCUCGAGAAUACCAGGACAGAUGAAGAGAUGGCCCGCAAAUUACAUCGGGCAAUUAAUAGCUCCCCAAGAAUUUUGAAGAAUUCAUCUGGUUCUGAUGCUAGAGGCCACAAACAUAAGAAGUUGAAAACUUCACCUGGUUCUGAGAAAAUUAUGGUUUCCAAUUGUGGCAUCUCACAGGAGUUGGAACCUACUCCUACAUGCAACGGGCAUGCUAAAACUAACGAGGCCGACUCUGAAUGUAGCUUUCAGGAAGUAUACAAGCUCAAAUCUGAUGAGAAGACUAUUAAAUAUGAGAAGAACAAUCAGUCUCAGAUGGAUACUGGCGAAGCAGAGACAAGUCAGAAGGAGAAAAAAACGUGCGAUGAUAUUAAUGUCACUGGUAAAAAGAAGGGAAGAGUGAAGCUUAAAAAAUUGUCGUUGAGUAUUUGUUCUUUCAGGGAUCAAAAAGCUCUCAAGGAAGACAUGGACAAUGGAAGUUCCCCAAUAUUGGCUGUGCAAAACACGGGGUCUCCCACACCCGAAAAUGUUAUUUUGCAUUCUGUAGAUAGCCUUAGCCCUACCCAAGGCGUGCUGCCAAUAGAUUCUACAUCUUUAUGGAAAUGUCAGGAGUUCAAAGCUCCCCUUUCUGUCGAACAGAAUAAAGUUAUGCAGUCAUGACCGGGAAUGACAUAUGGUAAAAGGUUGCUGGCAAUAGAAGUCACGGUCGAGGUAGGAUCCAUGCAGCUUUUCUUAUAGAAACAGCGUUACUCCAUCUGUCUUCCUUUUGGUCCUGCAUCUUUUGUUUCACAAUGAACUGGGAUAGACCAAUUGUAAAUUUCAUAUUAUGUGUUUGAUUAUUCUGCAGAGUUCAAAGGUAUCCUUUACGAUACACAGAGCUUGAAGUCCAAAUAAGAGGGUUACAAUAAACUGAAUACUUGAACACUCCUUGUUUUACAGGAGGCAUUUUUGUCUUGGUUUCUUUAUAUAUGCUAAAUAUACUAAAAAGUAAUCCCUAUUGUAUCUGUAGGUAAGAUCUGUAGAUGGUUGUUUUCAUGGUCCUGCUACAGUUGUAUCUAUAUAUUACUUAACGACGUCCUCCUCGUUUUUAGGAGUUGUAGAUUGAAAGAAAUUGAAGAAAACUUCAAAUAAUUGUGUUCUACUUCUGGAAAGACUAAACCGUUUGCCUUUUGUUGGUCAUCUAGUCUGAUUAUUGAUCAUCUGAGAUUGAGAUUGUAUUUUCUACUUCUUUUUUUCCCUUUAAGAAGAGGAUGUUCUUUCCUCUUGUAGCUUUGUAAUUGCUUUUAAUAUAUUAAUGAAAGCUUCCCUUUUCGUUAA